GAGAUCAACUGACGGCCGGCAGUGGAUGUAACCCUCGGCCUACUAGUCCGGAUCUCCAUUUGAUUGUAUAUGAAAGUCCAUCGGAGUCCGAUGCAUCUUCACAUCCCACACUGACAUGUCGCCAUUUACAACACGUUCAUCGCGGUAACAGCGCACUUGCAUGCUGAUGGUGUUCAUCGGGGGAAGAUAUGAGGAAAAAUGAUGCCAUUCACAGUCGCAUCGUGGUGAGGAGAAUACCAGGCGAGAACUGUCCUAUAAGUAUCGCCUGGAUAUCGCUGUUCAGUCGAUUCUUUCUUCAUCAGCCAACACUGUUCUCUCCAGCUUCCCAACUCUCCAGUUCCUCACUCUUCCCAACUCUUUCGGCCUCCUUGCCAAUCCACUCCCCCACCAGCCACGAUGAAGUUCACCGCUGCCCUCGCUGCUGCCGUCCUCGCCGGCGUUGCCACUGCUGCCCCCGAGCGUGGCCUGGAAGCCCGCCUCAAGGCUCGCGCCUCCACCAAGAGCUCUCGCCCCCUGCAGUCGGUCGACCGCCCCUCGACCGUCAAGAACCAGACCAACGUCGAGUACAGCUCCAACUGGUCCGGUGCCGUCCUGGUCGAGCCCCCGUCCGCCGCCGCCACCUACACUGCCGUGACCGGUACCUUCACCGUCCCCGAGCCCACCGGCUCGGGCUCCGGCAGCCAGGCCGCCUCCGCCUGGGUCGGCAUCGACGGUGACACCUACGGCAACGCCAUCCUCCAGACCGGGGUGGACUUCACCAUCGAGGACGGCGAGGUCUCCUUCGACGCCUGGUAUGAGUGGUACCCCGACUACGCCUACGACUUCAGCGGCAUCGACAUCUCCGCCGGCGAUGAGAUCGUCGCCAUUGUCGAGUCCUACUCCUCCACCAGCGGCAUUGCCAUCAUCGAGAACAAGAGCACCGGCCAGAAGGUCAGCAAGACGCUGUCCUCCAGCUCCAACCUCGGUGGCCAGAACGCCGAGUGGAUCGUUGAGGACUUCGAGGAGGGUGGUUCUCUCGUCAACCUGGUCGACUUCGGCACCGUCACCUUCACGGGUGCCGUUGCGGCCGUGGCUGGCGGCAGCACUGUCGGUCUUGAGGACGCCACCAUCAUUGAGAUCGAGGACGAGUCCGGCCAGGUUGUGACCGAUGUCACCAUUGACAGCGACUCCUCCGUCACCAUCACCUACGUCUAA